AGGUAAAACUCCAGUCCCCUGAAACACGACGCCGUAUCUCCACUUCAUGCGUAUAUAUAGCUAACGUUCCCUGUAAUGUUUCGUUCAGCAAGAAUUAACAUUACGCAGAAAACGGAAGAAGAAAAGGAGAGGAAGAAGAAAACCAGUUGAAGGAUAAGCAAAUCGGAAAUUUUGUUACCUUUGGAAAACGAAAUCAAACGAGAUGGCAGGCCCCGUGGCGGUACACGUGCCCAACUCGCCGAUAUUUUCAUCGCCGAGAAUGUCUUCCAUCUUUUGCAAGCCAUGUCCGUCGCCUACAAUCCAUGGCUCACAAUCCCCUACGUCAUUGUCGUUACAAGCGUCAUCGUCGUUACAAGCGUCAUCGUCUUCACCUUCUGCGUCUCCGAAAUCGCCUUUGGCUAUUCGUGUUAAUGAGAAAAGGUUGGAAGCGAAUUCGGGUGCGUUGUUGAAGAGGAAGAGGCCCGGGAGGAUUGCUAUCCCGGUGAUGAAUGGGGUUUGGGGAUUUGGUUUAGAGACGCCGAGACGUGAGGAGGAGAGGGUGGAGGUUAUGGAGGCUGAAGGAGAUGGGUAUUCGGUUUAUUGUAAACGAGGGAGAAGAGGGCUCAUGGAGGAUCGAUACUCUGCUUUCGUUGAUGCCAACGGAGAUUCUAAACAGGCUUUCUUCGGUGUUUUUGAUGGGCAUGGUGGCUCAAAAGCAGCGGAAUUCGCUUCGAAGAAUUUGGAGAAGAACAUUAUGGCAGAGGUCUCAAGCAGAUGCGGAGAGGAAAUGGGAAUUGAAAUGGCAAUUAGAAAUGGCUACUUGACCACAGACAGAGAGUUCCUAAAGCAAAGCGUUGGUGGUGGUGCUUGUUGCGUCACAGCAUUGAUUCACAACGGCGACCUUGUGGUUUCCAAUGCCGGUGACUGCCGGGCUGUUAUGAGUCGUGGUGGAGUUGCUGAGGCUCUCACCUCUGAUCACCAGCCUGCCAGGAAAGACGAAAGAGACAGAAUUGAAGCCUUGGGCGGUUAUGUGGAUUGUUGCCAUGGUGUUUGGAGAAUACAAGGGUCUCUUGCUGUAACUAGAGGAAUUGGAGAUCGAAAUCUGAAACAAUGGGUGAUUUCAGAACCAGAAACUAAAGUUUUAAAGAUUAAGCCUGACUGCGAGUUCUUGAUCUUAGCCUCUGAUGGUCUCUGGGACAAGGUUACUAAUCAAGAGGCAGUAGAUCUUGUUCGCCCUUUAUGCAUAGGUGUUAACAAGCCAGAACUAUUCUCUGCUUGUAAAAAGCUGAAUGAAUUGUCAUCAAGGAGGGGCUCAAUUGAUGAUAUAAGUGUGAUGAUAAUCCAGUUGGGUAGUUUCAGUCCCUAAUUUUACAUCUAGCAUAGAAGAAUUCAGGAUGGAGAUGUUUGAAUUUUGCAUCUCCUGCAAGUGUUUUCUCUUUUUCUCAAGAAACUUGCAGCAACAGAAUCUGUGGAUGGCAGGCACCUGAUGUGAAAUUUUAACCUUGUCAUCUAGUUGGCUGUUGAUGGCGGAGGUGUUGACUGUAGCUUAUGAUGAUUGGGAGGACUGGUUUAUGUGCAGUUGUGCACUGUCCUGAUUGUAAUGCUAUCCCAUCUGUGUUCAAUUGGAUCUGAUGUAUAUAGGCUAAAAUUGGAAGCAUAUCUAACAAUCUAGGCCUUGUAUUCAAUUUUCCAAAUAUAUAUACACAUUUAUAUACAAAAAAUUUUCAUUUUCC